UUUGGAGUAGUAUGGUCACAGGUAUUCUGUCACAAGGUAACAGAUACCUUCACACUAACCUGUCAUACGUUACGUCAUAAUAUUUUAGGUAGCCAUGAUGUCAGCUACCAAGCUUUGUAGAAAGGGGAAACAUGAUUUGUUUGAUCUAACUACUAACUUUGUUUCUAAACGUCCCUCUCCUACAAUCAAUUUAUCUUGGAAAUCUGGAAUGGGUUGAGUCCUGCGAAGGAUAGCACUCUCUUAGUGAAUUCCCUAUGAACAACUGACAUGCUGCAUAAUGAUCUGAUCAAGUUUAGCAGGUAAUUGUGUUUACGUUAGGUCCUUUUUUUCCUGCGGUCUUAGCCUUGCAAGUGAAACUAUGAAACUGAUAUGUAACUAUCAUUUUAUUGUGCUGGGUCGUCAAUAUUGAGAUGUUGAGUUACUAUUAUGUUCUUCUUCAACAGUAAUGUCAUAUCUGCUGUCAUUAUUACUGCUUCAAAGCCGACACCUAAUUUUUGCUCACUCUGUCAUUAAUUCUUUUGUCCCUGUUUUCAUUUGUUUCUUUUUCAGUUCAGAACGCUGCUUUUGUGUCUGUAAAGUUCUGUAAUUCUGCAGGAGCAAGAUGGGCAUUAUUAUCAUCAUCUCACUAGUCAUUCUUUUGGCACUAGGAGCUGUCUUUGUAAUCUCAAAGUCCCAAAACAAAGGUAAAUCAAAGGAAACCAAUUCAAGAGCCUAUGGAAAGUAUGUUUUCUGCAUUCAGACAUCUAAGAGCUAUGCAAAGGAAGAUGUUUCUAAACAUAACACGAGGAAGGAUUGUUGGGUCAUCAUCAAGAAUAAGGUUUAUGAUGUCACUGCUUAUGUGGAGGAACAUCCAGGUGGAGACGCCAUUCUACACAACGCUGGUGGUGAUUCCACGGAGGGCUUUUUUGGCCCACAACACGGCACUAGAGUCUUCGAUAUCAUCGAGGAUUUCUGCAUUGGUGAAUUGAAUGCUUCAUGAUAUAGCAGAGCAUGUUUCGGGUUCAUGGAAUUUUUCUUGAAAUCAAAGUACGAGACGUUGUAGAUUAUCCGUGUUUCAUCCGGGCAAUCGUUUUGCAAUUGUGAUCAGGGCUGUCCUAAGCUUUGUGAUGUUUUUUCUGCUGGAAGUCAUUCUGACCACUACUUGCAUGUUUUCUUGUUCGAUUGAGAUCCUGAAACCCUUGCGACUACUUCGACUCAUCAUAAUCCGUUUUCGUGAUUGGGUUCAUCGACUAUU